AUGCAUGUCAUGCUGCUGUCCUGCUGUGUCUUGGUCUUGCUUAUGCCUGGUCCGUGUUUUACGGUGCCCACACAUAUUCCGGAGGUAGAGAGCUCUCCUUCCACAGAACCACAGGUUGACUUGAAGCUGGCCACAGAAUACCUUCAGCAGUACUACCACCUGCAAAUAGAGCCUUUAGGGCGCAUGAAGCGGAGUGGGUCCUCCUUCACCGCCAAGGUGAAAGACAUGCAGAUAUUCUUUGGGAUCAAUGCAACGGGGGUCCUGGACUCAGACACCCUAGAGGUGAUGAGGAGCCCUCGCUGUGGCGUUCCAGAUGUGGAGGAGUACAGCCACAUCCAGGGGACACGAUGGAACAAAAAUGUCAUCACUUACAGCAUUGGCAGGUACACCACAGAUUUGCCUCGCAGCACCGUCAACUCUCUAAUUGAGUCAGCUUUCAGCAUUUGGGCCAGAGCCAGCAGUCUGACGUUUGUCAGGUCAAACACCCGCAAAGCUGACAUUAUAGUGGAGUUUGUGAACUAUGACCAUGGUGACUUGUAUCCAUUCGAUGGACCCAGGGGCACGUUGGCUCAUGCUUUCGGUCCAGGACCGGGUGUCGGAGGGGACACACACUUUGACGACGAUGAGCACUGGACAGCAGGAGGAACAGGUUUUAAUCUGCUUGUCGUAGCCGCACAUGAAUUCGGACAUGCUUUGGGACUGAAGCACUCCAGAAACCCAGAGUCAUUGAUGUAUCCGAACUACAAACCUUCCCCUUCAGCCAACUUAUUAUCCAGAGAAGAUGUCGCAAAUAUCAAAGCACUUUAUAGUCCAGUCAGAGGUCGUCCAAAUCAUUUGCCAAGGCUCGGCUUGAACUCUCAGUAUAACCCAUGGCUGCCAGGAUCACUGUUGCCUCGACUCAUGCAGGACAAAUGUGCCCCAGAUAUGACCUUUGAUGCAGUGUCCACUCUUGGAGAUGCCACCUUCUUUUUCAGAGAGAGAUAUCUCUGGAUUAAACAUAAUGAGCAGUAUGACAUCAAAGAAGGUCCUAUCACCAACUUCAUGCCAAAGAUUGAAACCAGGAUUGAUGCAGCCUUCUGGGUACCUCGCAGAUCCACUGCUUAUCUCAUUCAUGAAUCCAUGUUUUGGACAGUGAAAGGUUCACUUGUGAAAGGAAAGCCCAGAGCGCUCAGCCACUUUGGAUUUCCUGCAUGGAUCCAGGACGUUGAUGCUGCAGUGCACAUCGUGAAAACAGGACGCACUCUCUUCUUUAUGCAUGACAUUUACUGGAGUUACAAUGAAAACAGAAGGGUAAUGGAUUUUGGUUACCCGAAGUACAUCAGCGAAGGCUUCCCUGGAAUCAACUCAACAAUAAAUGCAGCUUUUCAUAAAGAAGGUUUCAUCUACUUCUUUGUCGGACCACAAGUCUACAAGUACGACUACACCCAGAAACAAGUUGUUGGAGUUGACAAAGCAAAUUCCUGGCUUGGAUGUUGA